GUUCCAAUAUGGCCGGCAAAACAUUGUCAAAAAGUUUUAAAAUAUCAAAAACAAGCGUUUUUCUUUGACGUUUUAUAAAAUGGACGAACAAAAGACUGCUGUGGAAGAGAGAACAGCUUUAGAAGAAGCUACAGUAAGCUUUAAAUAACUUUCUAUGCAAGUUUCAGCAAAAUAUAAAAUAAUUUCCUGAAAAAAUCUCCAUCAAUAUUUUUAUUAACUAAUGUAUUCCUUUGCAGAAAUGCGUUGACGGGCUGUACGAUCUGCGAGAUCAUUAUUUUGUAAAUAAUGGAGUGGAGAAAGCGUCGGAAAGAACGAGAGAAAUUGGCGAAAAAAUGAUGGAAGUUAAAGAACAUUUGGACAAAUUGCUUGGUUUGUAAACCUGUUAGUUUUAAAAUAUUAAAAGCAUGUCUGGAGAAGGGUUUGCAUCCAACAGCCUAUUUAAACAUCUAUUAAUUCAAAAAUCGUGUGAUGAAAAUCAGUGCCCAGCAUAAAGCACAUAAAUAAGCCAUCACAAACUGAAAUUUUACAAUAUUUAUUAUUAAGUAAACAUUUUGUCAAUGUGCAUUGAUUAUGAUUCCCACCUAGUUCAUCACUCACAAAAAAUCAAAAAUGUUCAACGCAAUCUUUAAAUGUCAACACAGAAUUUUUUAAUGAAAAACCUAUAAAUUUGUUGCAGAGAAAAUGCCAGCAGCCAGUUGCUAUUUUGAACCCUGAAUAAUAGUGAAUAAUAAUUAGUAUUGUAAUCAUAGAAAAUAAUUUUCUUAGGUAUGUGUAACAAGAAGAGCCAGUAUUUUUAUCUCCUUGGCAAGACAUUGAAUGUCAUGGCUACGUAUGAUCCCCAAGCACAAGAAGCAUUAUCUCGAGCUGUGAAACUUGAUCCAUUAUUAGUGGAUGCUUGGAACUGUCUUGGAGAGUGUUUGUGGAAGAAGGGGGAUGUUGAAGCUGCUAAGAAUUGUUUUACUGGAGCGCUAGAACAUGUAUGGUGAUUUGAUAGAAUGGAAGGAAAGAGGAAAAAGAGCGGAGGAAGGAGGAGCUAGAGGGAGCUAGAGGGAGGGAGGAAGGAAGGAUAUAAUGAUAGGAUGGGAAGGAAAUGGAAGAGAAAUUAAUUAAUGUCCUAGGAGAAAGGAGAUGUUAAAGCUACUAAAAAUUGUUUCAUGGGGCUUUUGAAUCUGUAGAUGAGUGAUCAGUUUUGAAUCUUGUUUUAAUUUUGUUUCCAUUGGAUAAAAAAACAAUCCUUUCAAUUUUUUCUGCAGUCUAAAAACAAAAUGUCUUUACGAAGUCUUUCAAUGGUGCUACGUCAGCUCGGAAAAGGUAGUUUAAAAUACUGUUUAACUUGUGCAACCAUGCAUAACGUGCUGUAUUUUAACAAAAAAUCACUCAAUGUGAAUAGCUUGGUUUCAGAAUCCCAAGAGAGGGUUGACAAUAUCAAAUUGAGUGUUGAAAAAGCAAAAGAAGCUGUGUCUUUGGAUGUCACUGAUGGUGUGUCUUGGUGUAAGUACAGUACCCUAACCAUUAUAACAUUAGAUCCUGCUGAUUCUUUGAAAUCCCAAGGCCAUUUUCAUUCUUCAUCCACAGAAGACUAGCGGCCUAUUCAGGGUGUAAGCCAGAAGUAAAAAAAUCUGUGUUUACCUGAAAUUGGGAAAUUUAUUUUAGCUGAAGCCGGGCAUUUCUUUGUGGGUCUUGGGGCAUGCAGUUCCCCCUCUCGAUUUUUAAAAUUUUUGUGUCUUUGAAAUGGCAUUUCCCGCAUUUUGGGAGUAAUUUUGAGCAAAUGUAGUUAUAAACAUGUUUUUAAUGGCGUAUUAACAACAUUGAAUUUCUAUAACUAUUUUUUGGCUGACCCAAAUUGGGAAAUAGCGACCUCAAGGUAAUUGGGAAAACCGCGUUUAACGCGGAAUUUUUGACUGUAGCUAACACCCUGCUAUUCAAGUCACAUGCCAAGAAAGAGGUUCACUACUCUCUUCAAGAACUUAGGAAACUGGAGACCUGAUACAUUUUAUGGUACUUGGUAGUAAAGGCUACCAACAUCACUAAUCAAUUAAUAUAUAUCCACAGAUAUUCUAGGCAAUGCAUAUCUCUCGUUCUUCUUCAGUGGUGCCCAGUCUCCCGGUAUGCUCAAACAAUGUUUGGCUGCGUACGCACGCGCAGUAAGUACCAACAAUAGUUGCCAAGUUCCAAUGCUCUUCGUUUAUUCCUCAUAAUGUAUCAUUGGCUUAAAAAUAGAUUUUGAUUGCACUUUGUCUUUUUUUCCAGGAAAUGGACUCCGUUUCGUCCAGUAAUCCUGACUUGUAUUUUAAUCGUGCAAUGGUGAGACUAAACCCCGCUUUCCACUAGCGAAUUUGUUCGCGCGAAGCAAAGCGAAAAACGAAUUUCUGCAAAGUGACUGGCAAGCGAAAAAAAUGGACGGGAAAAUUUUUUUGCUAAUUUUUUUUUGCAACUUCGCCUAGUGGAAAACGGUUUAACAGAACUGAACAGAUUACGAACCGUACACAAAUUAGUCUAUUUUUUUCUUUUCAGACGCAAAUUCGUAUAGUUUUCUCGUAUCCAAGCAAUUUCGUGCAAAUUGAUUACCGUUCCAAAUCAUGUGUGGAUGGAACACGAAAGCGUGCAUUGUAGCGUGUUUUUUUUUAAUGUGUCCUUAUGCAUAAAAAUUCCAUCCACUUAUGCUUGUAGAGAAUGUUUAAUUAUUUACUGUCUGUUCAUGCAAUGUACAUUUUUCUAGGUUUACAGAUAUCAAGAGGAAUACAAACUUUGUCUUGAAGGUUUUAAAAAAGCUUUAACAUACGAUCCCGCUUGGGAAGAUGCGGUCAAACUUCAGGAACAACUCCUGAAAUAUCUGCAGAAUAUUUCUGAUCUCAUUCAAAACAAAGUAAGAUGAUCUCGAAGAUUUUUAAGAUUUAAGGGAAAUCUAAGCUAAGAGCUUUCACAGUGUUUCAGGUGCUAUAAUAAUCUCUAGUUUUCGUGCAUGUUGGCUUUUUUUGCCAUCCUAAAUCCCCUCCUUGGUUUCUAUCAAAAAUUGCUUGAUUUCUGUACUUUUACGUUUUGACGACAGGACUCAUAAUUAUAUUCCUAUACAACAUGUAAUGACCACAUAUAUCCUAUUACUGGAGUAAGAUUGACUGCAGGGCCAGGGGAAGAGGCCAAUUUCGUAAAAUCGUAUAAGGUUACAAUAUAUUUUUGUGCUAUUUGCAUCUCAAAAAAAUUCCCACUUUUCUCCUACUUUUCGUGAAAUUCUAGUUCUAAUUUUCCUGAAAUUCUAGUGCUACUUUUCUCCUAAUUUUGCUGAAAUUCUAGUCUUACUUUUCCUGAAAUUCUAGUCCUACUUUUCCUGAAAAUCUAGUGCUACUUUUCUCCUACUUUUCCUGAAAUUAGAGAGUCCUUUUCCUGAAAUUCUAGUGCUACUUUUCUCGUACUUUUCCUGAAAUUCUAGUGCUACUUUUCCUGAAAUUCUAGUGCUACUUUUCCUGAAAUUCUAGUGCUACUUUUAUCCUACUUUUUUUACACAAGGAUACGAGAAAGCUUGUGCAUGACUUAGUGCGUCUUCAAUUUUCUAUUAUGACAGGGUAAACUAAAACCAAAACGUCUCAACACAAUGAUCAAUUCCUUGAAAGAAUCAGACCUGGGCCCCUACAGCGGCAGCAAGUACACGAGUAAUUCUGGUCAGACAAUCAAUUUAGAACACGUGAUGUUAAAUAGUUUGAAUGUUGGUUUCAAUGAGAACAAAGUGAUUUCAGGAAAGGUUGUUGGCAUCGUCCCGCAGGAAGAACCGAUACCAUUGUAAGUAUCAAGCUUUCCUAUGUAAGAAACCUCUUUAUACUGCACUGCUCUAUCCAGGGGUGGAAAAAAUAGGCGAGCACUGCUCGUAGAAAAUGUUAAACAGCUGCAGGAAAUUCCUUUGAAUGAAGAUUUGCUUUUCAAAAUUUGAAGGAAACCUUAACACCCAUGUCCCACUGUGGGUGCAACAACAUAUGGUUGACAGACAUUAUUCCUUGAAUGUAGAACAUUAUAUGUUUAUGCACAUUUAGCACAAAAAUACUCCGUUGGUCUGCAGAAAAUUUUUGUCUCCAGGUUGUGCUCCCAGGAAGAAAAUUAUUUUUUCCUGACUUGCUCUAUUAGUUCUACACUAUUCUCCCUGAAGAUCUAGCGAGGGCCAUAGCACUUAUUGCAAGAGAAAACCUAGUAGGCUCAGCUCCAUCACGUUUGGUAGAGUCAAAUACACGCUUUCGAUAAUUACAUCACAACUACACUAUUUUCAACUUAGGCCAACCUUGAAUGGAAAGGAUUUCAAGGUUUUUUCUCACUGGCUAUGGUCAGAGAAGCACUUGAAAUCCUUUCCAUUUAAGGUUGUCCUAAGUUGAAAACAGUGUAGUUGUGAUGUAAUUAUCGAAAGGGUGUAUUGGAACUACUUCUCUCGCAUGGCAUGUGAUGGAGACGAAAUUCUAAUCGGGAAACUACAGCCAGGAGAUACAGGCAACAUCCAUUGUGCAACACACAAUUGUUCUAUUUCUGUUUCUUCGCAGCACUUUCUCCAUAGUUGACAAAGAAGGUACAUGUUUUCCUGUGACGUUGUAUAACCUGCGCACAGGCUGUGGAGUGAUUGUUGGUGACACUGUAGCAAUACCUGAACCUUAUGUCCAGUCGACUGACUUCAGUGAGAACGAUAAGGUAAAUCUCGCUUAUCAAUAUCAUGCAAAAGUAGGUCAACCAUACUGCUUGAUUCAGAUUGAUUCAGAUUGCUCACAUAUUAUGAUACAGGUCAAAAUCUAACCUAUAGUUAUGUAAAUAGUGUUCUAGUCCUUGUUUUUAAUGUAUGUCUACUUGUUGUUUUAUAUCAGGUUGGUAUUCAUGUCUUGUUGACUAUACCUCCAAUCAUUGUAAUAAAAGAAGAAAUUUUAAUAAAAUGUCUUUUUGAUAAUUCGCCAUUUCUAUUUAGAUUUUCAAAUUUUUAUCCGUACGUGUGGACAGUCCUGUUGUGAUGGUGGUGAACAAGAGAAAACUUGGUAGGGAUAAAUUAUCGCCCUCUGUUCUGUCUUUUCAAGCAAAGAGCGAGUGAUUUGCCAUGUGGAGGUAAAGAAUUCUAUCCGCGUCUUUGCCGGGAAAAUUCCUGUCCAUUCGAGUUAUUGUAUUAGGCUGUACGGAAAUGGUUUCUGUAAACAGAACAGCUGUUUGGGGCGAAUCCAGUAAGCGGGAUUGGGCACGAACAAGCGAGAUAUUACGAAUGUGGCAAGAUUAGCCCUGUAACAGGAACUCGCUUGAAACUGGCGAACGCUUACUGUCAGAUAUAUUUAACUGUGGAAGGUUGCUGCUUCUUUGCCUGCUUGUUUUCCAAAUGCAGACGGUAUAAUAUAUUUCUAUGUAUAAAACACUCGCCAAAAUCCAACCCGCUUCUUGGGCUUGCAUAAAAUGUUGUAUAUUUAUAUACAUAAAACCUGCAUGUGGCUAGCCUGCUCGCAGCCCGCAAUUUCGUUCUAAGGAAACCGGAAAUUUGGGUCAAAUUUUCGGGUGGGGGCUGCUGAGCAGGCUAACCUGUGGCUCGCAUUGACAUAUGUUAAAAAUAUGUACAUCCUACACAUAGAAUUUCCAUAUACAUACAUAUACAUACAGUAUUAUCUUUUAUAACGUCCACAUGAACUACAUAUCAUUCGUAAACUUUUCUUGAUUAUUUUUCCUCCGUUUCUUUUUACUAGUGCGAGCCGCUUUUUUAAAUAGUUGUUCAUUAGUUCCCGCCAGUGGGUUGCUUUCAUAUGUCUGUUUAAGCGGUUCUUUGGAUGCGAGAUCAAAUGCUUUCUGUUUUUGUUGUUCAUUGUGUUUGAUUACCGCGAGAUUUUGAGCAUUCUUGUAACCUGAAAGUUAUGGCAUUGACGGUAAAUUAGUUGAACUGCUUUCAUACCCAAAUUCGGGUCAAGGACCUACCUAAAAUGAUCAUGUUUUGUGAUUCGCUUUCAGAAACAAAAAUGAUCAUUGUUCGUGACUCGUUCUUUAGAAAGACGAUUUCUACAGUUUUAUUGUUUUUCAUUGUUAUAAAGAUGAUGACCCGCAAAUUUAAAAGAAUAAAC